AUGGAUUUUAUUUGUGCAAAAACAAAUUACAGAUCAAAUGAAGAAAUCGGUCAACCGCUGAGCUUUCUAGACAGGCAUCAAGACAUCGGUACCGAGAAAGCUAACACAGAACAAAAGACACGGUUAUCGAAAACACCAACAGCCAAGAUGCACUACACAGAUCAUUCAACGCAUUCCAUUAGGAAUAUGCAAAGAAGGGUCGCCAUACUUUGCGAUUUGGCGCAGUAUCAAUACACAAGGCGGCACGUGACCCGUGACGCGAUAUUCCCACAAUUCCUCAAAACAACACAACAUGGCUGUCGCCACCAAAGGCACUAGAAGGUAAAACUUGAUUUGUUUCUGCUAAAACUAAACAUAUAAUUAAAUCUAGAGCUACUGUAGAUAUUUUCGUUUCCCAACAACAACGUAGUCUAACGAAAGAAGCGAUAUGGAGGAAGUUUAAAGUACAAUUGAACUACCACAAACACACUAAUAUCCACUGCUAGCACCUAAAUGUGACGAUUAAUGGAACCCAAAGCAUCAGCCAUCCCCGAUAGCUUCCUCUAAAGAAGAAAAAAGAACCAUGAACUGAACAUAAUAAACUUUGGGAGCCAAGCAAGCAAUUGCAUAGCGAUAGCCCGUUUUAGAUCAACAUCUUUCUUCAGACAGUCAAGCUGGAAUGUUAUUUUUUUUCAGAACCAUGUCACUGGAAGAGGAACUCAUGACAAGAAGAGUACAAGUGAGUACUGGUAUUUAUUGCACUUUGAGUUUGUGCUGUCAUUUUAUAUUCGUAACACUUGCAUCUCACAGAAGACUGUUAUAUCAAAGAGUUUCUCAUAAGAGACAUGACCCUAGUGCAUUUCACUUGGAAUUAUCCCAAAUAAACCCUCGACCAUCUAUAAACCACUGCAAAAUUGAACCAGCUGCAAGGAAUGUAUUUCUUUUUACUUCCUUGUAGAAUGAAGCAAGUUUAAUUAGGCAGGCUAUCCUUGCAAAUUCACAAGCCAGGUAAGUGAAAAUGGCACCUUCAGAGAAAUCAUAAAUGAAAAUGAAGAAAAGAAAUGGGGUUGGCAAGGGGUGUUUUUUUUAGGGUCACAAAUAUGAACAAAGAAAAUGUUGAUCCGUGUCUUUGUUUUGACAUCCAUACAGUAAUGUAAUGUUUUUUUUAGAAUCAUGUCACUGGAAGAGGAGCUAAUGAAAAUUUCAGUACAUGUGAGUACUGGCAGUUAUGGUGCUUUGAGUUUGCAUUUUCUUUUUUUUUAUACGCAACACCUUACACCGCAUAAAGCUGUCAUAUAUGACACGACCUUGCUGCAUUUUCAACUUGGCAUAACCUCAAAUUAACUCCAGACCAUCUAACCAAGGCAAAAUUGAACCAGCCGUAAGGAAUGUGUAUUUCUUUUUUCUUUCUUGUAGAAUGAAGCUUGUUUAAUUAGACAGGCCAAUCGUCAACAUUCACAAGUAAGGUAAGUGCAAAAUGGUACCUACAUGUAUAGUGAAAUGUAGUCAUCAUUGCACUGUUACAUUAUAGGAUGAGCUGUAAUGGGGAUGGCGUAGGUUUCUUGGUUUGUUCAAGAUGAUGGAAAAUGGGAUACAAUCCUUAAUAAAGCAUAUGUUGCCACCCUACGUUGAUAACAUUCAAUGAAACGGGCCCCAACUUCAUUCCACUUCUUUCCAGAAGUGUGGUAGCACCAUGUACCAUGCACACAAAUGCAUGGUGUUACUUUUUUAGUAUGCCAUCAAAAGUAGAAUCUUCUUGAAAAUGCUAUAUUUACCAUUACACAAUAUCAAUGGAAUCAAAGACAUCAGCCAUUUACAAUAGCUUCAUUUCCGGGACUAAAAAGAACAAUGAACUCAUUACAAUGAACCUUGAAAGCCCUGCAAGCAAUUUAUAGCUAUAGCCCCAUUCAGAAGCACAUCUUUCUUUUCAUAUAUUUUAAGUUAUACAUGUCGAAACGUUUAUUUGUUCUUCAGAUGCACGUCUCUGGAAGACCAGCUCAUGACAAAUACAACAUAUGUGAGUACUGGCAUUUAUUGUGCUUUGAUUCAUUCUUUUCUUUUAUUCUUUCAACAAAACACCUCAUUUCACAUAAGACUGUGAGAGUCAUAAAAACGGUUUCUCAUCAGCGACAUGACCUUAGUACAUUUUACUUGGAAUAACCUCAAGUUAACUUUCGACUAUCUAACCACUACAAAAUUGACCCAUCUGUAAGGAACGUGUAUUUUUCACUUCCUUGUAGAAUGAAGCACGUUUGAUUAGACAAGCCAACAGUCAAAAUUCACAAGCUGGGUAAGUAAAUGUCACCUACAGAGAGGAGCAGUCAUCACCACAGUGUUACAUUGUACAAUGAGGUGUGAUGGAUUUGGGUUUGUUUACUUGAUGAGGGGAUAGGUCACAGCUUUAAUUAAAUUGUUUCACCACUUUAAUAACAUUAACUGAGACCAUCACCUAUUUCUUUCACUGCACAAUUUCUAGUUGUUUGAGGACAUAACAAGAGUACAUUUUAUCUCGCUUUGACACUGCCUUAGAGGUAUUCCCGAAAGAUUGCUUAUGUUGAGUACUAAUGCAACACCAAAAGUGUCAUUAAGAACUGUGGCUUGUAAGGAAGAUGUCAGUAAAGUUAUCAAGCAUGGAAGGUUAUCAAUUCGAUACACAGCCACUGUGUUUAAUCCAAUUGUUUUCUUUGACAUUCUGUGGUAGUAAAACAGCAUGUGUAAGUGUAAAUUGCCAUUUUUUUUUUCACUCGGACAUUUUUAAUCAUCAUCACCAUCAUCAUCAUUAUUAUUUUACAUUUCCCUGUGUUCCAGGAACUCCCCAGUGCAAUGUGAUGUGCUCAUUAUGAGAACAAAUGAUGUAAGUUUUAGUCCAUUUAACGUGGCAUGACUUUAGUUACCAUUUCAUUUUGCAUCUGAGUACAGCUGAAGGUAACUACUUUCACAUUCAUUCUCCACUUUUUAACAAUACAGAGUUGAUAUGGCCAUAAAGAGUGCCUUUUCUAUCUUGAUUUCAGCACGAAGCAUACUACAUCAGACGACAUUUGCUUCGAAACAACCAAACAAGGUAUGUAAAAGAUUCGUUUGGAAGAAAAGGGUGACAUUACCAAUUGACUCAUAACACAGUUUACAAAUGUGUGUUGUGGUUACUUUAUUUCGUUCUCCAAAGUCCUCAUUCCGAUUAAGUGGCAGCCAACAAAAUCAUCCAUAUAUUUUACCUUACUCCACUUUCCCCUUCACAAUAUUUAUCUCUUUGGAUUUCAAAGAGCACUUCAUCUCGCUUAUGACCAUGGUUUGGUUUAUUUCCCUAUGUCACCAACAGUUUGAGAUUAACAAGCCAUUCAGUUGAGGUCAGCAGUUUUCCUUAACUGAUCACAACUGCAAUAAGACGUUAACCUCUUCAAAUAAAUCAUUUUUAGGAUGAUGCGUCAGGACGAAGAGACAAUGAUAGAUACAAUGUCUGUAAGUUUACGUAAAAUGUGGCUAAAUGAAAUUAAGGCAAAUCAAUACUGGCCAGCGGUUUCUUAGUUGCCUGGCUUGGGGUGGCCCCAGACAUUCAGCAGGGGCACCUCGUAAUUCAAUUAAAUGCGGUUUGCUUGCUAGCAAUUACUUGCAAAGUCAUAUUAGCUUGCUUGUCGUUGCCUUCCUCAAAUUUUUCUGUCCGCUCCAACUCCCGAUAGUUCCUCCCGAUAAUACUUGUGGUAAGUAUUCCACCGAGCGAUUCAGUGUGACGGUGCCUGGUGGUGGCCUCUGGUAGGAUUGCCAUGGACACCUCCAUUUCUUGUUACAGCUUUGCCUGGCUCCGGCUCCACCAAUCCUUAAGGCACCAGCUCCCAAGCUCAUCUGUGGUGAUGAGUUUAAUGGUCUGAUAGUAGUGUUAUAUUACUUUAACGCGAAAAUCCAUUAUCUGUAACACUUUAAGGUGUUCGACUUCAGCGAGUGCCCAUCACUCCACAACUGAUCAGCUUUAUAUCUCAUUACCACGAAGGGUUUACACAGUUCUAAAGAAAUAAUAUGCUUUUCUUUUUUUUCUUGUCAGAAUGAAGCACACCUGAUACGGCAUCUUUUUUUACAAGCUGCACGGGCAAGGUAAACAAAAAUCCCCUCGCUAAUAUAAUCAUGCACAUUUUUCUCCAAAACCAAACCAUGACACAUAGAAAGGUAUGUUAUUAACAAAGCUAAGCCACAGUAGCUGCUAGGCGGUACAUUCCAGACUAUUCCUGGUAAGCCUUUGUUUUGAUAAGAAGAUCAAGAAGGAAAGGUACGUUGGGGUGGUUGUUGAGGAGGUCUCUGCUUUCAGCACUCGACACGAAAUAAAGACAAUUUUUUAACGUCAAGGUACUCUUGGAGUAAAGGGGUCCUCCAUAUAGUCAAAAGACAGAAUAAGACCACAAUGAAGUCGGUGAUCAAAAAGUUGGAUAAUGUACCUUGCCCAGGAGAUCACAUGGGUAGGGUGGGUUUAGGUAGCUAGAACAGUAGCCUUACGUUAGGACUAUACAACCAAAAAAAGAAGAAAAUUAAGCCCUUUACUAAGAAGUUAAUUCUAAACAGAUCCAUCCUGAGUGAUAUUAAUUAUGGCACUACUAAUGUGAUUUAUUAGAGCUAUUGCUUGCUGUUCCAUGGUCAUGAAAUUAUCAAAUGUGAUUUUGUUCUUUGAUUACAGUGCCAUAAAGAUAGAAUCAUCCAUUUAAGUUUUUCCUUUUUCCAUUAGAACUAAACAGGGCAAGGUGUGACAUCCAAGGUUUUAAAAAAUAGAUAAUGCAUAUUGAACCUUAUGAAAACGUCGUCAUCAUCUAAGAAGUCACAGCCUCAGUCAAAGGAUAAAACUGUUUCGUUUUUCCAAACUAGAUUAUCCUUCAAGCGAAAAUUGACCAAUGUUGUGUCUUUUCCAGGAACAUCCAACAGGAGGACGUUGUAGUAAGGACUGUCACAGUAAGUACCAAGUCUUGUUAACUACUUCGCUUAUAGUGCAUGAGCCUUUGGCUUCCAAGCUGGUUAACAGGCACUGUUUCAGUCAAACAAAUAAUGCAACCCAAACAUGAUACGAUAAAUAAAAAACCCAAUUGGCAGGAAGCAGACCAGUUACAUGUAGCUUUAAAUUCAUAAGAAAACAAAUCUAACUAAGGCUCAGACUGGGACACGAAUGGUCCAAAGUGCUUGAUAACUAGCCAGGCUGAUUCCACUACAGAGUGAUACCAUAAUUGCCAUUUGCAGUGUACCUUAUAGUCAUACUCCGAGAACUUUAUAAACCAUAGUACAACCAAUACUUUAGCUUUCCCUUGUAAAUUCGACAUCUAAAAAUUCUGCUUUGACUGUAGGCUGAAGCAAAUGCCAUAAGACAAUGGCUGUCGACAAAGUAGCGGAAAAGGUAGGCACAGAUGCUUUUUCAUGUGACUAAAUGUUAUCUAGAAGGAGUCAAUCUCGAGAUAAUUUUUACCAGCAGUUUCAGUAGGGGUGGGCUCCUAUGAUCUGGGGGCAAAGACUUUGCAGGUUUCACAUUUCUCACAUUCGUUGUGUUCUUGCAGUAAGCUCUGUCGCAGAUUUCUCCUGCCCCCUUACAGUUAAGAGCAUGUAAAUCACGACACCACCAAAUUCCUAUCAUUCAUUAAGAUGGUGCUAGUCGUGCUUCCAGAAAUGCCAGGGAUAUCUCGAGCUUAGACCUAACCCCAUCAUUUCUCAGGACACCUCUCCCAGCGUCAUCUAUUAUUGAUGCAAUUGGCAGAGUUUAAUAAUAAUAAUAAUAAUAAUAAUAAUAAUAAUAAUAAUAAAAUAAUAGCAAUAAUAUAAUAGUAUUUAAAUAAUCGUUACUAAUCGAUCACUUUUUAUAAGAAGAAAAUGCGUGACUACAAUUAUUGAUAAACGCAACAACUUUCUCCUCCAACUUAUACUUACUGUUAAAGGUUAACUCUCUUCUGUGAUGUGAGGCAACAAUUGUCUUCUUUACUACAGGGGGAGCUCAAGGUUGUCCAGAACGUUUUGCUAGCCUGUGGCAAAUAUUGAACGUUUUGUCUGGUUCUCUACUUGUUAGAUCCAUAUUAACAACUGGCCUUGUAGUCUCCAACAAUGCCAAUAACAGUGUGACUGCGCUCCAUCCAUUCCCAAACUAGACAUAAGUAAGCUCAUAUACCAGAAUACUUGUCCAUCAGGAGGCAAAAACAAUAUAGCUCUGCUGAAUAAUCCACACGAAAAUAAACAUUAAAAUCUUCUUGCUCCUAAUUCAGUUUAUCGUACUUUGUUAUUGGGAUAGGUUUAGCAGCACUGCAAACAAAAUAUCUCGUUAGUACUGCCAUAUGCACACACCCCACUAACAUAACUGGCAAACAUAUCCGAAAGGGUUUAAACUUUUUUGUCCAUGAAUGAUUAACUACAGUGUAUUUGGUGUUUUGAUCUGUAAACAAAGAGAAGGUAAGAUUUCUGUUCUAUUUCAAAAAGGCCCCGUUAAGACAAUUUGAAACAAACCAAACAUCGACUGAGAAAGAAUAGUACUAUGGUUUACAAAAUUAAGUUACUAUUAUUAUUACUCUGAGGUGCGUAGUUCCAAAAAAUAUCCAUCCCCUGCCUACGGAGGGUACUUUUCCUUUACACCCCCACCUCCCGGGGAAUUUCCGUAAUUUUUCAACUUGGUUAGGCACCCCCUGGAAAGAAUAGUUACGUCAAAAAUGCUUCUGCGCUUUAUUAUUGUGCGAAAGUUAAUUGUAUCUGUGAUAAAGAGAAAAUUAAUCAUUUAUUCAUAUCAAUAUAGUGUCUGAUAAUCUCAAUUUUGCCUUGGAAGGUUCUUUCUUAGUUACUUAUAGUAAUUAAUGGCACGUCACUGAGACAUAUGGAAAUUGAUACCUACGAUGCCAUCUGUAACUAACACUGAGUGACUUCAAAUGCCUCCUUUCAGUUAAAAACGUGCUUUUGUCAAGACUACUUAGAACGCACCAACAUUACGGUGAAUACUACAAUAUAUUGUGAAUACCGUUACAGCUAUAUUUCCAAAGUUUAUUUAUGAGCUGAUGACAACUGUCGCGUAAGCCAUGAAAAAAAAAAAAAAUCAGCUGACCGAUAAUAAAAUAUCAUCGCUGAAAACAAUAAUUCUUGUUUUAAAAGAUCGUCAACAGUAAAAUAAUUGAGAGCUUGUUCAAUAGAGCCGAUGUUAGUUUUUGAUAACUCACCAGUCUUUCUUGGAGCCCCGGAAAAAGGCCACCCACCCCACGGGAAAUUGCGUCCUUUUGGACCCCCCCAUCCCCAGGGGCGGAUCCAGGAUUUUUCUUAGGAGGGGGUGCACCACUAACUGACUGAUGACGUAAAAAAUUUUAAAAGCGAAUACGAAGAAGAGGGCUUUUGACUACGAAAUAACAUAAUGUGAACUGCUGAGAAUACAUAUCAAACGAUACAGCAGAUUUUGUAUGACUGUGAAGCGACUGCACAGUGUUAAUUAGAAAGCCGCAGGUCAUCCCGGGGGGGGGGGUGCGCACCCCCUGCACCCUCCCCCUAGAUCCGCCCCUGAUCCCUUCUGAAAUCCUGCGGUUGCCCUCCGUGGGGCGGGGGGAUGGAUAUUUUCUGUAACUACACAAUGUAAGAUACAGCUAUGUACAUAGAAAUAUAAUUUUUGCAGAUGUUUAAGUACAAUCAAAAUGCAGUCAUCAAGGAUGGUCGCAUUUACAGAAAGCUUGCGAUCUUAUUACCAUCAUAUUCACGUUAAAACGUUAAAUAGUUUAGUAUUUAUUAUCAGUCGUAGUUAACAAACCAUGCGUUAGCGCUUUUGCAUGUAUUACUCUAAACGUUGCCGAUAAGAUAUUUAAGUGUUGACUGAGUAGUCGCUUUGGAGCACUUAAAAAACAAAGAAAGCUACCAACCGGUGAUUCUAAAAGUUGUCGCGAUCGCUUUCAGAGCUUCUCAAUACAGAGCUCAACCAACAACCUAAACGAGGUUUUACGACGCUAGUCGUACCUAGAGCUGGUCCCUUAAGAGCGUGAUGUCAAAGAGAGCUUGCGAAUGUAGUUGCUUUCCAUUUAUACCUAACUUCUCCUGGUUACUGAUGUAAAAAUGUGUUUUAUCUUUCUCGGACAGAGCGCAACGAGCCUUUUCUCAGAAGGUCAGGAGAAAUCAAACAAAAACAAGAGAACACAUGGACGGAUGCACUCUCAUCCCAACCAUUACUUAAUACCUAUCAGUAAACUACGUACUGAAGACUACAACGUCAUGUCAACUAUUGCAAUUUAUAAAGAAGAAAAGAUGGACUAUGUGAGGCUUAUAUAUAAAUAUGCUCGAAACGAAGGAUAUCUAAAUGAAAAGAAAGAAAUUGUAUAAAAGAUGAAAAAAGAUGUCUGUUUCUUGGUUUGGUAAAUUUCAUUGCUGGGUGACGAAAAUCUGCAACCCCUUGGUGAAAUUUUACUCGCACGGGGGAUAAGAUUUUUGAAUCAGAAUUCUGGACAUCUAAAGAAAAAUGCUAAAAGCAGAUACAUACAGCCUGUCGUUCGCUGAUGAUUUGCGUAGCAUUUAAUCGUGAAGGGGGCGGGGGGGAGUGGGGUAGAGUUCGUGUUGAAUGUUUUCCGUACUCUUCCCUUGUAAGCCUUGGUAGGGCUUAUGGUCAGCAAGGAAAUUUCAACUCUUGAUGGAAAGGGAAGGAAGGUGUUAGCGCGUAUACAAUAUUUAUCAUUAUUCACCCGAAACGAGAUCUUUCCCUGAGUUACCCUUACCCUCGAGUGUCUACCAAGGAUAGAAACUUUAGCCCUUUUUCAUUUAUCUAUCUCGUCAUUUCUGUCACCUCGAUUGUUACGAAACAAAGGCCUUGGAAGAAUUGGCUAGUUUUGACUUCAUUAGUUUGGCUUUCCUAGGUACAACGUCACCUGACCAUUUCAAUUCACGUAAGAGGCUCUAGGCAACCUACAUAUCCUCACGCUCGAAGAUAGCUCAGUGUAGAAACGAGGAAACAAAGAACUUCAACCACAUUAAAUAAUUUGUGUUGGGUGUUCUGUGCAUUAUUGGGUGUCCUGUGCAAUUAAUAAGGAAGGUUUUCCGUCGUCGUCGUUGACACAUAUUUGCCUCGCUUUGAGGCGCUUGCUUACGUUUUGUCUCACUUUGACGCGCUAAGUGAUUCGUGUGUCCUCGGCGUUCAUCUUUCAAACGUUUGCUGAGGUCUACUAUUCGGUCUUCGUAAAUCGUUCAUCUUUCAAAAGUGUGCUGAAUCUCCGUAAAGUGUACAUAUUUAAGAGUUUGCUGAAGGUCUACUAUCGAUCUGUGUUUAAUGAAUCUUCCAAAGCGUUCAUCUUUGAAAAGUGUGCUGAAAGUUUACACCCUGAGUAAAAUUUUACUUUGGAUUAAGCCUUCAUAUUUUUCUUUGGAAAAUGCGUGCUACUCCUGGCUCGGCGUGCGUUGUGCCACAAAGUAAAUUUACCGGUGAGUUGUGAACCUCAGCGUCUGUUGUGCCCCAAAGUAAAUCUACUGAGUUGUGUAGCUAGGCGGCCGUAGUGCCACAGAGUAAAUCUACCGAGUUGUGUAGCUCGGCGGCCGUUAUUCCACAAAGUAAAUCUACCGAGAUGUGAAGCUCGGCGGCACCAUUUCAUCAUGACUUGUGAUAUUUUCGGCACUGGACAAACGAACAUUUUACCUCUAUGUUAUUUAUUCGGAAAAACGUGACCAGCCCACAGUAGCGCCACUCAAGCCACUGAAAUCAAUACACUCGACCAAAUUACUGGAAAAGUUGUUGACGUGAGCCGCACACAAAUUCCACUGAAGGCUUUGAUGAUUCCCUUGAAACGUGUGAAAUUGAGAGGUGUAGUGUAAGUGAACCAGUGUUCAAACACAAUCAUUGUUCCCCGGCAUUCACCACAAAAAUGUGGUCUUGGGUCGUUCUUUAAUAUCAUCACAAGUUAAGAAGACUUGACAGUAACGGUUUCCGGCAUUUUAUAGUAAAUUUCAGUAAUUGUCUACAUGUGGAAUUCCCAAUAUUAACUAAAAUUAAUGAUUACAUCUAAAACUUUGUCAACCGUUUGCUUUUUAACAGUACCUGGGCCGGGUUGUUCAAAGCCGGGUUAAGAUAACCCAGGAGAGGAGGGUUGGUGCAAAAUUUGAACUCAGAUGUGAAAGCUUCAUUUUGCCAAAAAGUUGAUGAUUGGACGCUCUUAAAAAUAACUGAGAAAAUUAUCCAAAGAAAAAGAAACCCGGGGUUGAGCGCUGAUCGGCCUUCGAACAACUGUGGCCUGUAGAACAUCUAUUGCGCCAGUAAAACAAAAAGGUUCUUUUAACACGCCCGAAGCGCUAGCACUUUGGCUAGUGUCUCCUCAAAUAACAAGCACUUGAGACGAACCAUACGAUAUCACGCUGAUCACUAUGGGGUCACUAGCAUUCAAAACCUUUUCAUUAUCAUACACAGUUUAAAUCCAGGUUUCGCUGUACGCAACCCUUACGUUCAAAAUAUGCCAUAAUCAUAGUUAUCUAUCGCAAGAACCAUCCACUCUUUCCCCUCAACUGCUACCUGUACGCGUAGAAAACAUAUCGAACGCACUCUCCUAAGUUCCAAUUACUCCUAGUCUAAGAAACCUCUCGAUGAAUGACACAAAAGUACCGAUCUGAAGACAAAGGGCUUCUUGAUGUCUGUGCGGUAAAAAGAAUGUCUCAAAAACAAUCAGAUUUGCAUACCACUGUAUCACGGCAUCAAUUUUCCCAUCACGAGAGUAAUGAAAAAGAUAAAAGUUCAUCCUAUCAUUCCUUGACUUACGAACGAUUACUUGGUGAAAAGCAAAUUAAAAGAAAAGAACUUGAAAUACUACCACUACACGUAAUUCCUUAAGGAAUUGGCAGAAUGUGCUGUUGUUUUUCCAAGACACAAAGAAGGGAUCGCAAUAGGUCAUCAAAAAUGUGCCCAGUGUACCCAGCCAUUAUCUACAAUUCAUGAAAUGGCAACAACUAUAAUUUUUUAAAAACACAUCUAAGGAGUAAAGUCCAAGGACCUUAAAAGAGUUAUUACAUCGGUUUAGACAAUUUAGACGUAAAUUCAGCAAGUAUAGUUUACCACACUGUUCUCAAUCCAUAUCGUUUGACUUAAUGAAUCUGUUUACAAAUAAGGACCUUCCAUCUUUGUUCUUUUUUUACCCUUGGCACUUAAUAUCCUUACGCGAAUUACAUGAUAGUCACUCAGCUGUACGAAAUACAAUUCUCGGCGACCUUUGAAGUCUUAUUUUUCAACCACUCGUGUUUCGAUGCUCCGCCCCUCUAUAUGCUUGAAUUCAUUUUGGUAACUAAGUUUAAAACAGCGAAACCGCAGAAUAUCCGGCCACGUCAAUUAAUUGUUACUAGCUUGAGUGAUCACAGGAUACUUUUCGCUAGGAUUGGCUAAUUCGCUUGCACUCCCCGAUGCUUCCCUGUCUUUUGCUCAGUCACUAUUUGUCCAUUGGUUUGACCUCAUAAAUUCAUGCAUCAACUAUUAAAAACUUUAAGUGGUACGGAACAAAGUCCAUUUCAGACAUUUCAAGGUACAUUGUUACCUGAACAUUUAAGUCAAACGUAACUAAUAGCUGUAAGAAAUUCACAAAAUCUUAGUAGAAAGUGUGUUUAUAGUCAAGCGAAAUUCAAGUCAUUCGAUAGAGUUGUCGGGGACAUGUUUUUUUAAACCAUUUAAAAAUGAUUCAGGGAAUUAGUGGACUGUGUAUGUUAAUUUAAGGAAGGGGGCCUUCUAAUGCUCCGCCCAUUAAGUUUAAGUUUCUCGAAUUUCAAAUACCAUCACAAGACGUCAAACAUGCCAAAGGCUUUCACGGUCGAUGAUCACAAAACGCCGCUCGCUACGAUCGACUAAGUCUCUUGCUGUUCCUGAUCGUUUCUGUCUUGUAAUGAGACAGUAAUCACACCUCAACUGGUAACAUCGGAACCGAAAUCUUCAACCAGACAUAAUAUUCGACGGUUGUUCUAUGUGACUUUUCGCCAGUAAAUUGAAACUAGGUACAAGCGUAACUUAUUUGUGGUGGCCAGUAGCCAACCGGACAGAGGCUCAUAGAGAGAGACUGACAGAUUUGAUUGACAAGUCAGUCAUGAGUUUAAACCCAGUGAAAUGUGAGUGAGCGCGUAACUUUACACACACACCCAGUCAGCCACUAUGCCGCGUUCAUCGGCACCUACGCAUGUCGUUCAAAUAACCUCUUUUCGAACAUGCUCUUUGGCGAGAGAGAAAGAGAGGGAGAGAGAGAGAAGAGAGAAAGAACAAAAUGAUUUCCACUACAACUAUGCCAGGGAAGCAGCCGUAUGGGAUAACUGUCAUUAUUAUCAAGUGGCGUUCGGCUUCUGUUUGGCGGUUUGGCGGACUAAAAGUUAGUCUUGGGUUUCAGGACUCGUGUCCUAAAGUCUGUCGGACUCACUGCAAUCAGAAAUGCGUGGCAAUGACGACGCUCUUUAGACGAGUAGCGUAUUUGAAACUUUGUCGGAAUGAUCUUGGCGACUGAUCAAUGAAAUGGUAAGACGACCUAAAGAUCAUGAUCUACGGAGUAGAUGACAUCAUCGCGUUCAGGACCGAACGGGGACCCCCCCCCCAUGGUCAUCUGGGAUGAGUUGACCGACCCCUUCGCCAAAACAAGUUUAAAGAAUGUAAGAGAACGUGGGUACAAGUUAGAUAUCAAAACAACAAGGACCAUCAGCAGAAACACCUUAAAGAACCACAAACAGCGGUUUUGUAAAAACCCACUUUGUCUCUAUUUCUCAACGUGCAGCAGGGUCACAUACUGGAACCUGAAAUUCAUCUGAAUUCAAUUCACCCUUGUCUGAAAGAAGCGCAACAGACUUUGGACCCACACUGAUGGCGGGCAAAGCAGAACAUCUAGCUUAGAAUUUACGUUUACUUGACUACUUAGGAGCUUAGAAACAACUGUUAACGUUAUAAUGGACGUUAACGCAAAUCAGGUGAGCAUAAAGGCGAUAAGAAGGGGUAAUAUAUGACGGCGAAAUAGAUAAAACACUUCUUACAAUUCUAGCAGCAGGUUAAAGUUAAUUCAAAUAGGAUAGAUGACAAAAUUUGCUUUGCGUCAUGAAUCUUCCAAAUCGUAAAGUAAACUCAAGCAAGAAGAGGUGAUUUUGGAAUAUUCGUACACUCUGCACACGUUUUUCAGCAAACUAAAUUGAAAGUAGCUCUUAUUUUCGUAACAAAUAUGCUUUCCUUUUUUCAGGUAAUUUACAUGUAUAUGCGCUUGAUCCGUCGUCUUAGACGAUUACUUGCUGAGAUACUACUACGUAUUGGACAACAAGGCAAUCGGAAUUUUCCGGAAUUUCACAUUGUCUUGAUUUUAAGACCAAACCAGAGGUAAGAGAUAUUCCAACUCAUUCGUUAGGAUGAAUAUAAGAAAAAUAUCUUUAAAAAAAUCUGCGACAAUACCCUUCCGUUUUUAAAGUCACUUAUCAGGUUCCUUGGAGCAGUGAUUUCAACUGCAAAACUGCUCAACAAAAACUCCUUUGCCUCACUAUUUCAAAUAUAUCCAAACAAACAGCUAAAAAAAAUUUACAGCAACACGACUAGAACUAAUUUAAAAAUCAAAAUAUACAGCAGUUUACACCAAUCUAGAAUCAAAUGAGCAUUGACGAGAGCUUGACUUUAUGAAUAGCUUAGGUCAUCUUAACAGAGGCAGGUGUCUGUGUUAUUGGAAUGUUGGUCCUGUCAUAGCACAAAAUACAAAAAUACAUAUACACUGUACAUAGCUAUAGCUUGACUGAAUAAACUGAAAACAAAAGAACUGUUGUUAAUAAACAGAGGCGUUUAUUUUGAAGAUACUCAUAAUGAAUAGAAGUACUUGGGUUUUUACAGCGAAUGUGGGUUUCGCAUACAAACGGAAUUGAAAACCGUCAUGAACGCGAUUUAGUUGAAAGGUGAAGGAUUAAUUACGUAUUAUUGCCCUAAUUAUUUAAUGCUUUGCAACUGUUAUUUCAUUAAUUAAAGCUUGUUUUGACUAGUUGAUAUUUCUAUGGUAGGUAGUAUAGUCAACUCCCUUCAUUGCGGAUACUGCAGGGACCUUAAAUUAUUUUCUUUAUUAGCGAGAGUCCGUUUCAGCGGGAGUUUAUUUCAGUCAAAUGUCUGUAAUCUAUAUUACCUGGGAUUUAGCUUCUGUCCAUAUUAUGGAUCAGAUAUCGAGGAGUCCGUUAUAGCGGGGUGUCCGCAAGGCGAGAGAUGA